GGAGGACAGAUUGGUCCAGCUCUUCAUGCCGCAUCAGAAUAAAGAAUAAGAACCCCGAUCUGCAACACCUCUUGCCAAAACUAUCCUUUUGUUUCGCGGAUUGUUUGUUGUGUGAUAAUAACCCAUCGUGGAGGCUCGUUCAGUCCGCUCAAGCGGCGUGGGGGAGUGCUGCCAUUAUUUACGGCGGCCGGGGCAUCGCGCGGAUGGAGGGAUAAUGAUUGAAUAAAGGAUUUUACCUGAAGAAACGUUAUUUUGCCUGUUCGUAUUGGGGUCCACCAGUAGUGGUCUCGCGGAGGUGGGUGGGCUCGGAACAAAAGCGCCCAGCGGCGCGCUCGAUACAGUAUCGGGACCUCGGGCAUCAUUGUCAUUAUUCCGCUACUACGAGCGUUCGCAAAUGGAGACGGCCACGCGCUCCGGUGAUCUCCUCACGUAGAUGACAAAGAUUCGUGGGUGUGAACUCCGUUUGCUAUCAUCGUUUGUGGGAAGGCGUAUUCUGCAAUGAUGGCAAUGAUGAAUUCUGCCGAGGCGGCCGAGGAAGGACCGAACGAUCCCGAUACGGAGCCGUUUUUCAAAACAGUUCCCUCUUUCUCAUCAGGCUCUCUUAGGAAUGACGGAAUAAAGGCGUCUGAUGUCUUGACAGUUUUGAGAGAGAAAGUCGCCUUUGUCUCAGGAGGAAGAGAUAAGAGAGGGGGACCCAUCCUCACGUUCCCUGCACGGAGUAACCAUGACAGAAUAAAGCAGGAGGAGCUGCGUAAGCUGGUGACGUACCUCUUCAGUGUACCCAGUGAGGAUGUAAGUAAGCGUGGGUUUACGGUGAUCAUUGACAUGCGCGGCUCUAAGUGGGAUCUGAUCAAGCCGUUGCUGAAGACCCUACAGGAGUCGUUUCCAGCGGAGAUCUGCGUGGCUCUCAUCAUCAAACCAGACAACUUCUGGCAGAAGCAGAAGACCAACUUUGGCAGCGCCAAGUUCACUUUUGAGACAAGUAUGGUUUCUGUGGAAGGUCUGACCAAACUGGUGGACCCGUCCCAGCUGACAUCAGAUCUAGAGGGAACGCUGGAGUACAAUCACGUAGAAUGGACAGAGCUGCGCGUUUCGCUCGAAGAGUUCACCGGAGGCGCUCUGCACCUCCUCUCUCGGCUGGAGGAGCUGCAGGAGGCACUUUCCCGCCAGGAGCUGGCCGCCAAUGCUGAGGAAGCGCGAAAGCUCCUGGAGGAACACGGUCGGCUGAGGAAGACCAUGACGAAGGCUCCGGUGGAUGAGUUGGAUCAUGAGGGCCAGCGGCUCCUGCAGAAGAUCAGGGACGGGGGGGAUGGGAGGCUUUCGGGUGGGGCGGACUUCCAGAGUAUGGUGCCUAAGAUCGCCACCCUGCUGGAUAAACUUCAGGUUACGCGGCAGCAUUUGCUACAGGGCUGGCACAACCGCAAACAGCAGCUGGACCAGUGCUUUCAGCUACGGCUGUACGAGCAGGAUGCUGAGAAGAUGUUCGAGUGGAUAGGACACAAUAAAGAGCUGUUCUUGCAGACGCACACAGACAUCGGCGUCAGCUACCAGCACACCGUGGAUCUACAGACGCAACACGACCACUUCGCCAUGAACUCCAUGAACGCUUACGUGAAUAUCUCACGCAUCGUCUCCGUGGCGACACGUCUGUGCGAGGCCGGUCAUUACGCCGCGCCUCAGAUACAGCAGAUCUCCGGUCAGUUAGAUCAGGAGUGGAAGACCUUCGCUUCAGCGCUGGAAGAGCGCAGCGCCAUCCUGGCUAUGUCAUCUGUGCUUCACCAGACGUCUGAGCAGUUUCUGUCCAGUAUAGAGGGCUGGGUGAAGUCGUGCGGUGAAACCGGGUUUCCGACGACGACGCAAGAGCUCGAGAUGGCCAUUCAUAACCAUCAGAACCUGUAUGAGCAGGUCACCACAGCAUACACAGAGGUCAGUCAGAAAGGGAAGACCCUGCUGGAUGUGUUGCAGAGGCCUCAGCCUCCUGCUGACUCUGGGUCUCUGACAGCUGGCUCGGACUAUAGUCAGGCAGUGAGGGGGAUUUUGGAGGUGGUUCAUGAGAUUGUUCAUCAGUAUCGCAGACUAGAAGGUCUCCUGCAACACCGCAAGCUCCGGCUGCACCAGAGACUUCAGCUAUGUGUGUUUCAGCAAGAUGUACAACAGGUAUUGGACUGGAUUGAAAACCACGGAGAGGCGUUCCUCAGUAAACACACAGGAGUUGGGAAGUCAGUGCACAGAGCACGAGCGCUACAGAAACGACACGACGACUUCCAGGAGGUGGCACAGAACACUUACACUAAUGCGGAUAAGCUAUUGGAGGCAGCCGAGCAGCUGGCUCAGACGGGUGAGUGUGAUCCAGAAGAGAUCUACGCUGCCGCCCAUCACCUGGAGGUCAGAGUUCAGGAGUUUGUGCGGCGGGUGGAGCAGAGGAAACUGCUGCUGGAUAUCUCCGUGUCUUUUCACACCCACACCAAAGAGCUGUGGACGUGGAUGGAGGACCUGCAGAAGACUCUGGUGGAGCCGCUGGUGAACGCUGACUCCGUGGAUGCGGUUCAGGAGCUCAUCAGACUGUUUCAGCAGCAGCAGAGCAGCACCCUGGACGCCACGCUCAAUGUCAUCAAAGAAGGGGAGGAGCUUAUUCAGCACCUGCGAGACUCAGCAUUGGCCUGUAAUAAACUUCCUCACGCCAGCUCUGUGGCUCAUAUCGAAGGUGUCCUGCAGCAGUUGGAUGAAGCUCAGGCUCACAUGGAAGAGCUUUUUCACGAGCGCAGGAUCAAACUAGACAUCUUCCUGCAGCUCCGCAUCUUUGAGCAGUACGCACUGGAGGUGAUGGGAGAGCUUGACGCAUGGAAACAGGAUCUGAUGAGACAGGCGUCUGACUUCAACACGGAAGAACUCACACUGGCGGAACAGAGACUCCUCAGACACACCGAGCGCAAGCUGGCCAUGAACAAUAUGAACUAUGAGGUCAUACAGCAGGGACAAGACCUCCAUCAGUACAUCAUGGAGGUGCAGGCUUCAGGUAUGGAGCUCAUGGGAGAGAAGGACGUGGAUUUGGCUUCCAGAGUUCAGGAGCUUCUGGAGUUCCUGAAUGAAAAACAACACGAGCUGGAAUCGAGCGCCGAACACACGCACAAGCGUCUGGAGCAGUGUCUGCAGCUACGGCACCUGCAGGCUGAGGUCAAACAGGUGUUGGGUUGGAUUCGUAACGGCGAGUCGAUGCUCACGGCAAACACGACCAACGCUGGAUCUCUGUCUGAGGCGGAACAACUUCAGAGAGAGCACGAACAGUUUCAGCUCGCCAUCGAGUCUCUCCUCCACGCCGACUCUCUUCAGCGCACGCAUCAGAGCGCCCUGCAGCUUCAGCAGAGGGCGGAGCUGAUGCUACAGGCGGGUCACUAUGACCCUGACGCCGUGCGGGCCUGUGCUGAGACCGUGGCUCUUCAUUGGCAGACUCUCAUGCUGAAGAUGGAGGACAGAUUAAAGCUGGUUAACGCCUCUGUGGCCUUCUAUAAAACAUCCGAGCAGGUGUGUAAUGUAUUAGAAAGUCUGGAGGUGGAAUACAGGAGAGAGGAGGACUGGUGUGGAGGUCAUGAUAAACUGGGAAGAACGGCAGAGACGGAUCACGUGACCCCGCUCAUAAGCAAACACCUGGAGCAGAAAGAGGCCUUUCUUAAGGCGUGUACUUUGGCGCGCCGUAAUGCCGAGGUCUUUCUCAAAUACAUCCACCGAAACAACGUCAGCAUGCCUGGGGUCGCCACCCACAAUCGUGCCACUGAGUCCCAGGUCAAAGCCAUUCUGAGUGAGCUGCUGCAGAGAGAAAACCGUGUGCUGCACUUCUGGACUAUGAAGAAGAGACGUUUAGACCAAUGCCAUCAGUACAUUCUGUUUGAACGACACGCCAAACAGGCCAUAGACUGGCUGCAGGACACAGGCGAAUAUUUUCUAUCCACACACACGACACCUGGAGAUAGCAAUGAAAAAACUCAGGAUCAACUGAAAGAGUUUGAAGAUUUCCGUGUCUCUGCAAAGCAAACGCAGGAGAAGGUGAAGCUCUUGAUCCAGCUGGCUGGGAGUCUGGUGGAGAAAGGCCACGUCCACGUGACGGAGCUGAAGAGAUGGGUGUCCACGGUGGACCGACGCUACAGAGACUUUUCCAUGCGCAUGGGUCAGUACCGCAGCAGUCUGGACCGAGCACUGGGUCUGUGUUCCGAGGAUCGCAAAGACCUCGAGCUGGACAUUAUCCCCGCCAGUCUGACCCACACUGACCCGGAGGUCAAUCUCAGCGACGACAACCACGAGGUCAAUCUCAGCGACGCCGACCACGAGGUCAACGAGGAGAAGAAGAAAUCUGCCAGAAAGAAGGAGUAUAUAAUGGCUGAGCUUCUACAGACGGAGAAAGCUUACGUGCGAGACCUGCAGGAGUGUCUGGAGACGUUUAUGUGGGAAAUGACGAGCGGGGCGGACAUCCCAUCUGGCAUCGCCAACAAGGAGCAUGUGAUCUUUGGAAACAUUCAAGAGAUUUACGAGUUUCAUAACAAUAUAUUUCUGAAAGAGCUGGAGAACUACGAGCAGCUGCCAGAAGACGUGGGUCAUUGUUUCGUCACGUGGGCUGAUAAAUUUCACAUGUACGUCACCUACUGCAAAAACAAACCCGACUCCAGUCAGCUGAUUCAGGGCCAGGCCGGGAGGUUCUUUGAUGAGAUCCAGCGGAGACACGGUCUGGCCAAUUCAAUCUCAUCAUACCUGAUCAAACCCGUCCAGAGAAUCACCAAAUACCAGCUCCUGCUCAAGGAGUUGCUAACGUGUUGUGAAGAAGGGAAAGGAGAAAUAAAGGAGGGUUUGGAGGUGAUGCUCAGCGUGCCCAAGCGUGCUAAUGAUGCCAUGCACGUCAGCAUGCUGGAGGGUUUUGACGAGAAUCUGGCAGUGCAGGGAGAGCUCAUCCUCCAGGACACCUUCCAGGUGUGGGACCCAAAAUCACUGAUCCGCAAGGGCCGCGACCGCCACCUCUUCCUCUUCGAGAUCUCUCUCGUCUUCAGUAAAGAGAUGAAAGACUCGUCAGGACGUACCAAAUACGUUUACAAGAACAAGCUGCUGACUUCAGAAUUGGGUGUUACCGAACACAUUGAAGGGGAUCCGUGUAAAUUUGCUCUGUGGGCUGGACGGACACCAACAUCUGACAACAAAACGGUUCUCAAGGCCACUAGUAUAGAAGUAAAACAGGAGUGGAUCCGAAACAUCAGAGAGGUGAUUCAAGAGAGAACCGUCCACCUGAAGGGGGCGCUGAAGGAGCCCAUACAUCCUCCCAAGACCCCAGCCAGACAGCGCAGCAUCAGCAAGAGGGAAGUGACUGAGGAUGCAGACAGUCAGGGUGAUGCCAGCAGCCAGCCGGACACAAUCUCCAUCGCAUCCCGCACCUCCCAGAACACUGUGGACAGUGAUAAGUUGUCUGGUGGGUGUGAGCAGACCGUUGUUCUGCAGGAUUUUGUUGCCGGUUCGGUGGGUGAGCUGAGCGUCCAGUCGGGCCAGACCGUCGAGCUGUUGGAAAGGUCUGGAGAACGGCCCGGCUGGUGUCUGGUGCGGACCACCGAAAACUCGCCGCCUCAGGAGGGUCUGGUUCCCAGCAGCACCCUCUCUGUGUCUCAUUCCCGUAGCAGCGUCGACAUGGAUUGCUUUUUCCCACCUGGGAAAGAAAACUAUACAGUGGGAAGUUCAGAGGUGAAAUCGGAAUCGGCGGCGUCCCUUCAGCCGCAGACGUCUGUGACCUCUCUGCCGACCGGUUCUCCGGGACCCAAACGCUCCGGGACCACUGGAAACACUUUGAAAAAGUGGCUCACCAGUCCCGUGCGCCGUCUCAGCCACGGCAAGGGCGACAACGCUAACUCCAAAAAACCCAACAACAAGCAGCGCAAGAGAGACGGCCGCAAGAGCGUUGAACUGGGCCCGCAGCAUCAGGACAGCACAGAAGAGAGGGUAAGGCGAGGAGUGAACAGUGGUGGAGAAGAGGAGGCUGAAGACGAACCUCACACCCCCCUCCCUCCUCCAAUGGAGAUCAUCAAAGACCCUUCGGCUCAGGAGGAGAAGACUCCAGACUCGGGAUCUUUCCCAGUUUUGGGAAGCAUCGCCCCGUCCGAUCAGACGGCCAGAGAUCCAGAGACUGAGCAGAAGAACAAGGCCAUGAGAGGAAGAAUGUUUGUGUUAAAUGAAAUGGUGCAGACAGAGAGAGACUAUGUGAAGGAUCUGGGUGUCGUUGUGGAGGGCUUCAUGAGACGGAUCGGAGAGAAGGGUGUUCCAGAGGACAUGACGGGGAAGGAUAAGAUUGUGUUCGGGAACAUUCAUCAGAUCUACGACUGGCAUAAAGAUUUUUUUCUGGGUGAACUGGAGAAAUGUCUGCAGGAUCACAACAUACUGGCCGAGCUGUUCAUCAAGCAUGAGAGACGGUUACACAUGUACGUCAUCUACUGUCAGAAUAAACCUCGCUCCGAGUUCGUUGUGGCCGAGUAUGACACGUUCUUUGAGGAGCUACAGCAGGAGAUCGACUCCAGACUGUCCAUCAGCGAUUACCUGAUCAAACCCAUCCAGAGAAUCACCAAAUAUCAGCUUCUGCUCAAGGACUUCCUGAAGUACAGCUCUAAAGCAGGUCUGGACUGUAAAGAGCUUGAGAAAGCGGUUGACCUGAUGUCCCUGGUGCCCAAACAGUGUAAUGAUAUGAUGAAUCUGGGUCGACUUCAGGGCUAUGAGGGUAAACUGAUAGCUCAGGGAAAGUUACUGCAGCAGGACACGUUCUUCGUGACGGAGCAAGACUCUGGCGUUCUGUCUCGCAGUAAAGAGCGCAGGGUGUUCCUCUUCGAGCAGAUCGUCAUCUUCAGCGAGCUGCUGCGGAAGGGCUCGUCCACACCAGGGUACCAGUUUAAAAAGAGCAUCAAGGUGAGCUAUCUGAACAUGGAGGAACAUGUGGACGGUGACCCCUGCAAGUUUGUGCUGUUGUGCCGCGGCUCGUCCGAACGGCUAACGUUACAGGCGGCUAACGUCGACAUCAAGAAAGAGUGGGUCCAAAGCAUCCGACAACUACUGGACAUGCAGAUCGACUUCCUCGCCGCUCUCCAGAACCCCCAGGAUUAUAUUAAGAAGGAUACUGGAAGUUCUCUGACCCGGCAGCUGUCCAAUAGCAGCAGAUCUUCUUCAUCUCACCCCUCCACACCCCUCAAACCCAACACCUCACACAACGGAAGCCCCGCCCACAAACCCAACAAGCAUGCAGAAGAGGAGCUGGACGACGGCGAGUGUAACGGUCUCUCAUUCGUGCGGGUGACACAAGACUACAACGCAGUGAAAGAGGACGAGAUCUGUGUGGUGGUUGGUGAGAAAGUACAGAUCCUGGCGUCCAAUCAACAGAACAUGUGCCUGGUUUACCGACCCGCAAACAGCCAAUCACCCGCAGCGGAAGGCUGGGUGCCCGGUCACGUGCUAUCCUCCACCCGCUAAAGCCUUGAGAACCACUACAGCCAAAACUCAAUCACAUUCAUCCUCCAGUAAACCAGCCUACUCUGUCAGACAUGCCAAUCAACCUCCACCAACAGGACGUCCCGCCCACUUCUGUCCAUUGCAGUACAGUUAAAGACUGAAGAUGCACGCUGGGAAAAACAGUGCGCUUCCCAUACUCACUAUGGGUGAAAAAAUAUACAGUAUAUAAAAAAACUGAAAAAAGAGGAAGUCGAAGAAAAUCUAUUAUAUUGUUAAUAAUUUAAAAAAAGAUUGUGUUGUAAAGAGAGGAAACUGAGGUGAAUUGUCAGUGAAUUCUGUGUGGAUGUGUAUGGAUGUCAAUGUCAUCAUUCCUCAUCAUCUCGCUUCAUUACACGCAAACAGACUGUUUCCAAAUCAUUGUCUUUCAGUCUAUGCCAAGUCAUUUGCACACUGUGUAUAUUUGAUUAUUAUUGUAUAUUGUUUUUUUACAGCUGUUAGACGUGGCACAUUUAUGAUUUCCUUCGGUUCUGUCGAAAGGUUCAGUGUUUUGUAUAAAGUAUUCUGCACUUUUCAGACAAAUAGUAUCGGAGUGAUGGCAGGUUGUGCAAUGCUUACACUUGUACCUGUAACUAAAGAUUUAAAUGUAUUAUUCUGUAUCAUUUUAAAGUUGUACAUAAUAUUUUUGACAUUGCCAUGAUAGAAACAUAGCAGAGGAAACGGUCCUCUCGCCGGACUCGAAAACAAACAAAAAGAAACAAGACUCUGGUAGUGUGCACUGCCUCUCUGAAUUUUACAUUUGACAUCAUCAGAUUUAGUAUGUAAUAAGUUGUCAUCUGAAUCAUGUCAGGCCAGAUGUUUACUCAGAUUAGUCGAUAAAAAAUGGAUGUUGUUGAUUUCCGAAGCGUAGUCUCUGCUGUCAGCGUUCUGUAAAUAAACCUAAAAGACAAUUCUAGGUAUUUCACAUGUUAAACCCUGGAAUGUUGUUCAUAAUAAAGCUGACAAUUUUUCAUCUUGGA